UGGGUGUACAGCGGAAUCCUAGCGAUAGGAACAAAAACUCAGAAGUAACACCCGACGUCUGUCCUGGAGUGUAAAGUCCACCAGGGCAGCAAGUCUGAACGAAAAAGCAAACAACUGAGAAGCUGAGCAAGGAAGAAGAGAGGAGUGACAGCUGUUGGACUGAGAGAGAAAGAGAGAGAGAGACAGAGAGAGAGAGAGGGGCAGAGCAGAGAGGGAGGAGAAAGGAGAGAGGGAGAUAAGAGUGUGACAAACAGGAGACAUUGAGAGGAAGCACAUGGUGUAAAAAUGCCCACCAACUUCACUGUGGUCCCGGUGAAGGACAGCACGAGAAAGGCUAAAGAGGGGGACGAGGAGGAUGAUGUUGAUGACAACAAUGUGCUGAAAGAGGAGGAGGAAGACGCCACAGGUGAUGGCGUCCCAAAGGAGAACAGUCCUUUUAUCAACAACACAGACAAUGACAAAGGCAACAGCUACGAUGGCACCAACAUGGCGCUCUUUGAGGAGGAGAUGGACAGCAACCCCAUGGUGUCAUCUCUCCUCAACAAACUGGCGAACUACACCAAUCUCACCCAGGGAGCCCAGGAGCACGAGGAGGCCGAGGAGGACGAGGGCCCCAAAAAGAAAGCUGUUAAGAGCCCUCAGAUGGGCACCUUCAUGGGCGUCUACCUCCCCUGCCUCCAGAAUAUCCUGGGAGUCAUCCUGUUUCUGCGACUCACCUGGAUCGUCGGCACUGCCGGCAUCUUGGAGUCCCUGGCUAUUGUAUGCUUGUGCUGCUCUUGUACCAUGCUGACAGCCAUAUCCAUGAGUGCAAUUGCUACUAAUGGCGUUGUGCCAGCUGGAGGGUCCUACUAUAUGAUUUCCAGAUCUCUGGGUCCAGAGUUUGGUGGAGCUGUAGGUUUGUGUUUCUACCUGGGCACAACCUUCGCUGGCUCCAUGUACAUCCUGGGUACUAUAGAGAUUCUUCUGACCUACAUAGUGCCUAAAGCAGCCAUCUUUGUGGCAGAGAAGAAGGAGGAUGAGCCGGACGCUCUGCUAAACAACAUGCGUGUUUAUGGCACGUGCUGCCUAGCACUGAUGGCAGUGGUCGUGUUUGUAGGGGUGAAAUAUGUCAACAAGCUGGCACUAGUGUUCUUGGCCUGCGUCAUUCUCUCCAUUCUCGCCAUCUAUGCUGGAGUCAUCAAGACCAUCUUUGAACCACCAGACUUUCCUGUUUGUAUGUUAGGAAAUCGCACUCUGCAGAACCACAACUUUGACAGCUGUCUGAAGACAGAGAUUAUACAGAAUGUGACGGUCACUACCAAGUUGUGGAAGCUGUUCUGUGACGGACCCGAGUUCAAUGCCACCUGUGACGAGUAUUUUGCCAACAACAAUGUGACCAGCGUGCAGGGUAUCCCUGGGCUGACCAGCGGAGUCAUUUCAGAAAACAUGUGGUCAGUGUAUGGACCCCUGAAAAUGUUGGUAGAAAACAAGAAGUUGCCAUCUGCUGGUGGAAGUGACCCUGCACAGGACAUCUACAUGCCUUAUGUAGUCAAUGAUAUUACCACUUUCUUCACUCUGCUGGUCGGCAUCUACUUCCCAUCUGUCACUGGUAUCAUGGCUGGUUCAAAUCGGUCAGGUGACUUACGGGACGCCCAGAAGUCCAUCCCCAUUGGGACCAUCCUGGCUAUUGCUACCACCUCCUUCAUCUACGUCACCUGUGUGGUGCUAUUCGGUGCCUGCAUUGAGGGAGUUCUGCUUCGAGACAAAUUUGGUGACUCAGUGAAAGGGAACCUUGUUAUAGGCACGCUAUCCUGGCCCUCACCCUGGGUCAUUGUGAUUGGCUCCUUCUUCUCCUGCUGUGGGGCGGGGCUACAGAGUUUAACCGGCGCCCCACGCCUGCUGCAGGCCAUCGCACGAGAUGGCAUAGUACCUUUCUUGCAGGUGUUUGGUCAUGGGAAAGCUAACGGAGAACCCACCUGGGCUCUGCUGCUGACUGCUGGGAUCUGUGAGAUCGGCAUCCUCAUCGCCUCCCUGGAUGCCGUGGCUCCAAUUCUCUCCAUGUUCUUCCUCAUGUGCUACCUGUUUGUCAACCUGGCCUGUGCAGUGCAGACCCUGCUGCGGACGCCAAACUGGAGACCACGUUUCAAAUACUACCACUGGGCUCUGUCCUUCCUUGGAAUGAGCUUGUGUCUUGCUCUCAUGUUCAUCUCCUCCUGGUAUUACGCUAUUGUGGCCAUGGCCAUCGCUGGCUGCAUCUACAAAUACAUCGAAUACAGAGGGGCAGAGAAAGAGUGGGGAGACGGCAUCCGCGGCCUCUCUCUCAAUGCAGCACGCUAUGCCCUCAUUCGCCUUGAGGAGGCUCCACCACACACUAAGAACUGGAGGCCUCAGUUGUUGGUGCUUCUGAACCUGGACUCAGAUCAAGGAGUCAAACACCCUCGUAUGCUGUCCCUCACCACUCAGCUGAAGGCAGGGAAGGGCCUGACGAUAGUGGGAAAUGUCCUAGAGGGAACCUAUCUCACCAAAGAGGCAGAGGCCAAGAAGGCUGAGCAGAACAUCAAGUCUUCCAUGUCAGCAGAGCGAACAAAAGGUUUCUGUCAUGUUGUGGUGUCUUCAAACCUCAGAGACGGCUUCUCCCACCUCAUCCAGUCUGCGGGGCUGGGAGGCAUGAAGCACAACACAGUCCUAAUGGCCUGGCCUGGGACCUGGAGGCAGUCCAAUGACCCGCAAUCAUGGAAGAAUUUCAUAGAGACAGUGCGGGAGACCACAGCGGCCCAUCAGGCGUUGCUUGUGGCUAAAAAUGUGGACAGUUUCCCCACUAACCAGGACCGGCUGGAGGAGGGCACCAUUGACGUGUGGUGGGUGGUUCAUGAUGGAGGCAUGCUGAUGCUGCUGCCCUUCCUGCUGCGACAGCACAAGGUGUGGAGGAAGUGUAAGAUGCGUAUCUUCACUGUGGCCCAGAUGGAUGACAACAGCAUCCAAAUGAAAAAGGAUCUCCAGAUGUUCCUGUACCACCUACGACUGGACGCAGAAGUGGAAGUGGUGGAGAUGCACGAUAACGACAUCUCAGCCUUCACCUAUGAGAAGACGCUGGUGAUGGAGCAGAGGUCUCAGAUGCUGAAACAGAUGCAACUUUCCAGGACUGAGAGGGAGAGAGAGAUUCAGAGUAUCACUGACGAAUCACGUAGCUCAAUCCGGAGGAAGAACCAGGGCGCUGCCCAGAGCACGAACCCCUGCCAGCAGUCCCCAUCGAUGGAGGACAAUCUGGAGGAUGAGGCCCAGCUCAUCCACGACAGAAACACGGCGUCUCACGCCGCCAUAAAUGACAAGGCUGAAACUGGGCCCGACCGGGUCCACAUGACCUGGACUAAGGACAAGCUCUUCACAGAGCGUAAUCGUAACCGCGAGGGCAACUCCAACGUGGCUGUACGAGACCUGUUUAACAUGAAGCCAGAGUGGGAGAGUCUGAACCAGUCAAACGUUCGUCGGAUGCACACAGCUGUCAAGCUGAAUGAAGUGGUGGUCAACAAGUCGCAGGAAGCUCAUCUGGUUCUGCUCAACAUGCCCGGACCACCGGGGAACAGAGGAGGGGACGAAAACUACAUGGAGUUCCUGGAGGUUCUCCUCGAGGGUCUGAACCGGGUCCUCCUGGUGCGAGGCGGUGGCCGUGAAGUCAUCACCAUCUAUUCUUAAAAAAAACAAAGGAAAAACUCUCAUGCCCCCACCCUGCACACAUGGGCUGUUGCCAUGGAUACCAGUCACCGGGCAUUUUUGGGGGAAGAAGCCAAAUUUGGUUUUUAUGAAGGGGCGGGGGUUGAUGGAAGGCGGGACCACUUGUGAUUGACAGAUGUCUGAAGGACCUACGAAGGAAACAGUUGGGGUUGAAUCAAUGACUGGCUGAGAGUACGAGCACAGUGUGCGUCCACGCUGGGCCACAGUGCCCCUGCACAUGGAACAUAGAGCAUAGAGACACUUUAUAUUGUUCAUUUAACUCUGGAAACCUUGUUAUGUUCUGUUACAUUUUCAUAUUCUGUCUGUCCCUCUUGUGUUGAUGUUGUCAAGUUACUGACACUCGCUGUGUAAAGGUAAGCAAAGGUGGUUGGUGUUGUUGAUAUCAACCUUGUAGUCUUCAUGUUGUCUGGUUUACUCGACUCUGGGAGAGACGUUCGCUGGACCUGGGAAAAACAUGCACAGAGACGACAAGUUAUAGAACGGCUUUGUGUAGAAAGGUUACUUGUAACAACACAUACUGAAUCCUCAAUGUCAAACACAGUUUGGUCAUCUGUAUGGCCUACAUCACUAUUUGUACUAAAUGUUAGAGUUUAAAAUAACUGGUGGUGUCAGCGUGGACUACAGAGAGGCCAAACAGUCUUUUUAGAAGCUGCUGAUUCUCUUGUCAGGUCUGUGUGUAGUUCAAGGUCCUCCCUAAAGUUGUAGUCUUCUGUGCUUGCUGGCCUUGCUGGUCAGUGAGUUAACGAAUGACCAGCUGGGAGGAUGUUGAACGUGCACCAGAUGAUGGAUCACCUUCCUUUAGGAGGGUGAGAGCAUUUCAGAUAUUGGGUACUGAUACUUGAUAGGUCAACAUAUCCCGCCCUCAAUGAACGCUGUUGUUUUAAUAGGGAACAUAGCCAUAGUUCAUAUUCUAGCACACUGUGUAAGCUUCAUAGAAUGACAUAUUAAUGCACAUGUACACGUAGUUCCUGGUGUUUGAAGUAGUGCUCAGUUGGGAAUAAUCAUAGAUUUUUAAAAUCUGAGGGCUGUUUGACGGCGUGCAGAAGGUUCACAUAUUCAGUCUUUAAUUUUCCUUUAGGAUUGUUGGCAGUUAACAAAGAAUACUUUUUAAAACGUGAAAGCACAAAUUGACGUGAUUUAGUGUAAUUCUUCCCAUAUCACCAGAGUUACAGCACUGUUGACUUUGCACUACCUUGCGUACUCUCACCUGGUUCUGUCGCCUGCAGUGACACUUUCUACUUGUCGAUCCACUGCGACAUCCUUCUGACAAUAAUGGAGACAUACUAAUAACUGAGCUCAUGAAAAAAGAUGCAAACAGCAAAUAAUUCCAUACUAGUUAAUGCUUGUGUUUCAGUGUUGUUUUUAUAAUAUUUUACCAAACAUAAAAUCUUUAGGCUUUGAGUCCCAGACUGAGUAGAUGACUUGUUCUGAGCAUGUUUAGGAGAAAAAGUGCCAAAAUGACUACAAAAGAAACUGUGGAAGUAUCAUAACUGCAUCUUAGAGCAUGGCCAUAAGUAGCUACUGCUUUUUACAUCUUUAAUCUUUGUAAUCUUUUUAUGAUAGAGCUCCUCAUCCCUGCUAGAGUUCUUUUCAAAUUCUGCAAAUGAAUAAAUGAGCAACUACUAGUGCAAUUUCCAGAGCGUUUCAAAGCGUCUAACGUGGCCUAAACGCUGCAAAGAGUUUUGUUUCUGAGGCAAGAAGGAUAACAGACUCAACCUUUUCUCGUAUGUACCUCCACAGUUUCUUUUUCAAAUUAGCUGUGCAGUAUUUUGUAAAGCAGAAAGUCGUCUUUCCCUGCAGUUCUUUGCAGGGGAAUGAGAACUUCUGAUCGUCAGUUAUACAACAUCCGUGUUUUGUUGUGUUUUGUUUCAGUUGUUGAUGUAUGCCUGUGUAACUCUAUAGUUAUGGUUUCUGUAGUGUUUGUUACAUUAUAAUUGAUCUUCUGUUACUUUAAGUGUUCAUUUUCAGUAUGAUUUUUAUGGGAGGAGGCAGAGAGGGGCGGUAUGUGUGAAGACGGCAGCACUUGUCAGGUUUUUGUGUUUUGUACCAACUCACCAGAAACACAACACGCACAACACGCACGACUGAAAACCCCCUCAGGAUCCAGUGGCACCCUGGAAUGAAUGAAAGAAACUAGAGUGAAGCAACCAGGGUACAAAAGAAUGGUUUAAAUAACUCUGUCACUGUAUAUGAAGUUCAUAUUUCAGUUUUAUAUUUUAGCCAACAAUGAUAAAAACAUGAUUCUGUAAAAAAAUAAAGUUAAAAUUGUCUAGUUUUAAGACGUUUGAAACAUUGAAAAGUUGUAAUGAUAAAUUAUUAAAGACGUUUCUUUGUUUUUAAUUUGGUUACUGAGCCGAAUAGCUGUAGCUGUGCAGAAAGAAAACAUAAAAUACAUGAAACCUUAAAACAAAAGAUGCUGAAUGAAAAGAAACAAGUCUUUGGAUGUCAGUGGGGUUGUCAGCAGUGUGUGUUUCACAGCUCUAAUGUUUGAGGUGACUGGAGAAUGUUAUCUACCUCAAGGUGUCACUGAGGCUCGGCUGAAGAAAUAAAAAACAUUUGAUUGCAUCUCUUUCAGAACUGAUGUUACAUGUAAUGGAUUUAUGAAUGAAAAAAAAAAGCCUCUGCUACGUGAGAGGACCAGCAGAAUUGUGUGCGAGCGUGUAUGUGUGUAUGUUCCUGUGUAUACUGUUGUGAGGUGAAGCUGUUUGUGUUUCUGCUGUUGUCUGGCCUCACAGGCUGGAACAGGAAGUCACUUGUGGGUGCACAUAUAGAGGAAGGUAGCCCUGUAAAUUGUAUUUGUGCCUCUCUGAGUCAAUAUUAAAAGUGCUGAAAUAAA